CCUCGCGUUGUUCAGUAUGCCAGCGGCGGCAGCGCUUUUAACACAAAAACAAAACAGUUAAAAUAAAUGUGCUGACGAACGAGGUCGUUUUUACGUCUCAAUAAACAAUUGUUCGAUUUGGCUUAUGUGAAUUUGAAUUGUGACUUUUUGGAUAUUAGUUAUUAUAUUAUGACGAUUUAAGAAAACCACCAAUCAAAAUGUAGCGUCGACUAAAAAUGAAAGAAAAACGAAAACUCCUCUAUCACCUAGUGCUGCUCCUAGCAACAUUUAUCUUAGGCCUAAUUUUGUGGCUCAGCCUUAUUUUACCAUACUCAGAAGUCAACGACAACUUCACAGAAAUACCUGGUUACGUGACGCAUUCGGAACUGUACAACUUUACUUAUCCUCUGAAUCUUUUGCCUGGCAACGAUUAUGGAUUAUUGGUGAAUAACAGUUUCAAUUUCAGUAUUUUGAAUUUGGGCUGUAGCGAGCAAACGUUUUUGUUGGUACUCAUACACUCCGCUCCAGGAAAUUUCCAGAAACGAAACGUCAUAAGGAGUACUUGGGGCAAUAGAACAAAAAAGAUUAAAAUAUUUUAUGUAAUGGGAAAAGCUUUAUUAGACAUACAGAACAAAAUAUUACACGAAAAUCAAAUAAACAAAGAUAUAAUUCAAGGCAAUUUUAAAGAUGUUUACAGAAAUUUGACUUUGAAACACAUAAUGAGUUUGAAAUAUGCAACUUACCAUUGUCCUCAGGCAAAAUAUAUUCUAAAAACUGACGAUGAUGUUUUCGUAAACAUGCCCUUAAUGCAAAAUUUUGUAAAUUUUGAUUUGUCCCCUUUCGGCACCAGUAACUUACUAUUUUGCUCAGUAAGAAAAUCAGUAAGCGUUUUGAGAACGUACCGAUCCAAAUGGAGGGUGGGUUUCGAAGAAUACCCUUGCAGAACUUACCCCACUUACUGCCCAGGCUGGGUAAUACUUUACAGCCCCGACGUUGUAUUCAAACUAUACAAAUCAGCUCAAAAUACUGCAAAUUUAUUUUGGAUAGACGAUGUUCACGUUACGGGGAUACUGGCGGCGAAAAAUAACAUUUCUCAUACGGACAGUACGAAUUUAAUUAUUUCCAAACGGGAUCAGCACAGUUUGGUCGAGAAAAAAGUUUUUCCGGCGAAGCCUUUUUUGUUCGGCAGGCCCGAUUUGGAAGCCGACGAAAUUAAGAGUCUUUGGUCGGGGGUUAGCGCUCAUAAAGUACCCAAAUCGGCUUUAGGAGUUUGAUUCAAAUAAUGUGAUCCCAAUACAAUUAUUGGACCAAUCAGUAGAUAAAAUGAGUUAAAAUAUUUAUGAGUAAAAGGAAACUUCAAAAUCUCCUAUCUCUGAGUUUUCUAAAUCCGAUCUCGCAUGAGGUUUAUAGUUUUUGAGAAAAUUGAGUUUGGAAAUUUAUAUUAAUUUAAGAUUUUCGCAAGUAGGUAGCCUUUGUGCAAAUCGAAUUCUUAAAUUAAAAAAAAAAAACAACUAAAUAAUGUUAAAGCUAAAUUUUAACUAGACUGUGGUAAUAACUAAUAAUUUGUUAAUGUUAAAAAAAUUGUUGCCAAAUAUUUCUAAGUAUAGUAUUUUUAAAGUCAGUCGGAACAAGGUAAAAAUUAUUUGCAACUGGUGGCUGACUAGUGGCAGUGCAUUUCUUAUGGAAAUAUUCAAUCACCAGUCGUUAUUUAUCUUCACCUAGUUUCAACUGACUUUAUAAAGACUAUACAUAGAUGUUUAUUUAUUGAAUGGCUGUGCAUGUGUAACUUAGACCUUUUAGGAUGCCUAUACCUACUUAUAAAACUGAUAAUUAGAAUUACAUACAUUAUAUUUUAUACUUAAAUACUUAUAUUUUGAUUUGUAAGUACAUAUUUUUUUCUAUUUUUGCUAUUUUGAAUUAAUUUUUAAGUGUACUAUUUUGGUUAAUUUAGGUUUUACUCAGUAUUAGAAACAAAUUAUUGUUUGGCAAAUGUUUCAUGACUUAGGUGAGAGCCCAUAAUAACAAAAAUAGAAAUAUUUAUUUUGUAUUGUUUAGGAAUGCAAAGAUACUUUUGGGUCCAUUGAAAGAUGUACCUUCUUAGAUGUUAGAAAUGAAAUAAUUAUAAUAAAGAAUUUAUCACUGUAUUAUUUUUGUAAUUUAUAUUGUGGCAUCAUUUUGGAAAUGAAAUAAAAAUUCAAUAGGUACAGACAAAAAAGGCAAUUUCAUAAUGACUGAUUUAGUUUUUAUCUUGAAAUUUGAUUGCAAAACUUUGUUAAACAUGUAAAAAAUGCACAGAAAUGAUUAAGAGUUUUUACGGCACAGGAGCAAAGGCUUAUUAUGUCAAAAAAAUUAAAACAAAAAUUUAUAAAUAACAAAGGAAGAAACAAAAAUUGAAUAAGUAGCUACGAGGACGGAAUACAUUCCGACAUGAUUAACUUUAACACAUUGCAUGCCUCGCCAGUGCGACACUGAUGUUUCCAUUCUGGCCAUGUCGGACAUACAGGGUGACAAUUUGAAAAAUAGCAAUCGGGAAAAUCUCUUAGACAGAUGAUCGAAGAUGCCGUGAUGAGCAGUGAUAGGCGUGCACAACACAGAAAGCAGAAAUUUUACCAAUAUUUUUAGGCCAGUAGGU